AUGGCACAGUAUCGUCGGUUCUUCGAAGACGCUCAGGAAACCAAGGUAGCCGGCCUGUAUGACCUUGGUCCGACCAUUGGAAAGGGACACUAUGCUGUGGUAAAACUGGCCCGACACGUCUUCACAGGGGAGAGUGUAGCAGUGAAGGUGAUCGAUAAGACAAAACUUGAUCAGGUCUCUCGAGAACACCUUUUUCAGGAGGUUGUCUGCAUGAAACUCGUCCAGCAUCCCAACGUCGUCCGUCUGUAUGAGGUCAUAGAUACAGUAAACAAACUCUAUCUCGUCCUUGAACUGGGUGAUGGCGGUGAUCUUUACGAUUAUAUCAUGAAACACGAAAAUGGACUAUCGGAACACCUGGCGAAACGUUACUUUCGUCAAAUAGUGACCGCCAUUUCCUACUGCCACAAUCUUCACGUGGUCCAUCGUGACCUUAAGCCGGAAAAUGUGGUCUUCUUUGAACAGUUGGGCGUUGUCAAGUUGACGGACUUUGGAUUCAGCAACCAAUUUGUGCCCGGAAAACACCUGGAAACGGCUUGUGGCUCUCUGGCCUACUCCGCGCCCGAAAUCCUCCUUGGCAACUCCUACGACGCCCCGAAGGUGGACAUCUGGUCCCUAGGAGUGAUCCUCUACAUGCUCGUCUGCGGUCAUCUGCCAUUUGAGGAGGCCAACGACAGUGAGACACUGACCAAGAUAAUGGACUGCGAGUACCAGCUACCGCCCCAUCUCUCGCCAGCCUGCUGCAACCUCAUCUCCCGCCUGCUCAUCCGUGAUCCGGCAAAACGCGCCCUGCUGGAUGAAAUCCUACAGGAUGACUGGCUUCGCCUCGACGGCGACGAACUUCCCAUCGACCUCUUCUCCGUGCCCCUCGUCUCCCAGGAACACCUCUCAUUUGAGGACCACAUGGAGAUCCUCAACAAGAUGGCCAGUGGUGGCCUUGCCAGCGUUGAUGAGAUACAGAUGGCUCUGAACCGAAACGAGUACAGCUACAUAUCUGCCACCUACUACCUGCUGGCUGAGCGUAAACUGAAGCGCAACUACAUUGAGGAGUACAAACAGCUGUCAGCGCAAGCGAAGAUGAUUGAGCAGACUUACAUGCAACGCACUUCCGCCGCUGCAGCAGCAGCUGUCGGCGGCCUCCUACCCACUAGUGCGGCCACUGCGCCGUGUCUCAACCCUAAUCCGAAGCCCUUUGGUGCUGGCGCAGUCCUGCCCAAGUCCAUAUCGGCCUCGCUGGCCGCCUCAGGAGCGGAGGAGAGACUGCGACGCUUCAGCAUGAUUUUAGAGGACGAAGAGGAGGAUGCUGCGGAACAGGAGGUAGCGGCUGCGCUGCGUACCAACACACCCACACUGGCGGAUGAGCUGGUGGUCGUGGCGGAGACCUCAGACGAGGCUCUGAUGGAUGAGGAGCAGGAGGAGUUAGAAGCUGUGGUCAGUCUUGCCUGUGUCCGCUCCGAACUCAUGGAUCAGAACCCGGAGGUGCAGACGAUCGCGGCGUCAGCUGCAACAGCCACGGCGACUACCGAUUUGCGCAGUCUUGGCCUAGAGGCUGAUCAUAAUCGCUUCGUUUCUAGGUUCGCCAGUCGACCCAGCUCCCGCCUUGGCACGCCUUCCAUGGCUGGAGACCUGUAUGAGCACAUAGAUUCCGAGUCGUCGCUUGCAGGUGCAACGGCAGCGGCACCUGGGCUACAAUUGCAUGGAGCUCCUCUUCUUGCGGAGUUGCGUAAGUCCGCGGCUAGUAGUCAUUCGCUGGUUCUUUCGAGACACUUUAAACGACCCCUUCGGCCUCUGAUCUCUGUAAAGAGCAGUCCCCAGCUGCUGAAGUACAUUGCCGAGGAGGACUGGCAGGCGGCCCCUCCAGGAGCAGUCGGAACGGUGACUUUCGAGACUCCAGACGACGAUGAAACUGCCCAACCUGCACAGACCCCGGUCCAACAGAACCACAUUUUGACUGUCAACCACAACCUUGAAUAUCCACUCUCGAAAGCCUCAAAUCUCCCUCCCCUGUCUAAGAACGCCCUGAGCACUUUACAUAGUAAGGCGGCGACUAGUUCUGCGCCCAGAGCACGUAGUCCGCCCUGGGGUCGCAAAUCUCAAAGCUCUUCCGUGGCUAACUUCGGUUCCUCCUCUUCACGACCGGGCAGUGGCAUGAACUGGAUGCCUCCACCUGAACGAAGACGUCGCGCUUCCGUGUCUUCACUCCUAGCAUCACCACAGCCGCCAAACGCGCCCUCAUCAGUUGGUUCUACCAGCCUCUUCUUCACUUCCCGUCACACACCCAACAGCAGUUUCUACUUCCGCACCUCGAGCAUGCUGCGGAAUCGUGAUCGACGUCGCAGCGGUCCGCCAGGAUUUUCAGUCUUCUUCUUGGGCCAGCAUCUAGGCUUGGCUGCACAAAGCGGGCUGGAAAAUGCCAGUACCAACAACAGUAACAAUGCUGGUUCACCCUUUGCGCGCAUAAGUGUGAACCUGGGCAGUAGUCGUUCCAGUCUGGAGGCCUCUGACCGCGAGCAGAGUGUGGUCAAUGAGGUGCCUACACACAGACCACCGACCUUUGCGGCGCCAUCCACCAAUAUGGCGAUUCUGAGGGAGAAUCCGACCGAGGAAGGGGAGGAGAAAAAGGCACCGCUUCAGCGGAGGUUCCGCACCUCCUGUCAGUCGGCACCCUCCCUCCUAGACAACAUGCCUCUGACCGUGAACACCUCUGCGUCCUCUCUGCCCAUCUCAACCUCCCCACCAGCUAUCGCUGCCGGCGAUUUUCAAGCUGCACCGACGAUGGCAGUAGUUACGACAAUCAAUACUCAGGUUUGUACUCCGAUUCGAGAGGAGGAGGAUGAGAACAGGACCCUAUCUAGUCCUACCAAUACGAUUGAAGGUGGCGCCGGUAGUCAGGACAACCAUCAUGCACCCUUCUUUGCUCCAGUCUCGAAGGCAGUUUCUGCCAAUAUGGCCCCAUUUCUCUCCUCCCCGCGCCGUUCCCUUCAACCGGGCCCUGCUACCACUGAACCCUUCCUGCGAAGUACUCUAUCAAGUCUGCGACAUGGUUCCUCUACCUGGGUUUCGCGCCUGCGCAAUAACUCCACCAGAGGCAGCACCGGGGGCCCCAACGCGAUCUCAUCCCAAUUGACCGCUUCCAACUUCUCGCUUUCAUCCCUUGCCGGAAGUUUGCUUGACUCGCGCCACAUGAUGGACAUCAUCCGAGGCACUUUUGAACUCCAAGUCCAGUCCAAACGCCGCUCUGGUCUGCCUCGGUUGCACAUGGUUUCAAGUUUUGAUACUGCGGAGCAGUACACGACUGCCAAUGGCGGUCACUUACCGGUGCUGUCGGCACCGCCAACCGGGACGACGCCACCCGUUGCGACCUCCAGCCUUUCUAUGGUACGUAGCCUCACGCUCAUCAACAGUAAUGGAGGUUUGCCAGCCGGCCAAUUCAAGUACACAAGUGCUUCCCUUCGUUCAAGUAGGCAUUUGCGGCACUUUCCCACCUUUAUGGGUCAUUUUCGAAGUCGUCAGUCCAGCGUGUCGCCCAACUCACCAGGCGCGCCUCCGCCCACUACGACGGCCGUUUCCCCGCUGACGACAGAGGAGGUCUUUUGCCUGGGCAAUAGUGACUGUUGUGCGACUUGCCGCCUGGCCAACGACUCCAGCAUCGGCUUCUUCCAUCCUGACUGCGCCGACGGUUAUGCCUCCAGCGAUUCGAUGACCGUCACGGAAGUGGGCGAUUGGUCGAAGCGCAAGCACCAACCCUCCGUGUACUCUCUGCCAAGCCGCAGUCGUCUGAGACCAACUUCUCUCGCUUCACCGGCUACAACGAAACAUCGGGGAGCAGAGGUUGUGGAGGAUCGCCGGAGGGGCUCCAGUUGUGACACCUCGUCACCGCCGCAGUCGGUGUGUCCUGCUGCACCGAAUCGCUCUGUGCUGGACAACUCUGACUCUCAUCAACACCUCAUUGGCAGUCCUGGAAGGGCAAAACAUUCUGGCCGAAGCGCGGCUGCUCUGGCGAUGGGCCGAAGACUGAGACGUAAAAAGUGUUUCCGACUCUCCUUCCCGUGCCAGUCAGCGCGCGUGAAGCCGGCGGCCAUUCCACCUGCUCCAGCCCGGUGUGGGGGUUGCCAUGGUGACAUUCCCAGUACCGUUGCCAGUGUUACAAUGCCUGCGAUUGCCAGCGCCCAGACUCCACAGCACUCCCCGCGGCGUAAAUUAUCCUGCUGCCGAAUCUCUUAG